CAAGGACGCGCGUCUGAUCGGGAUAUCCCUGCGCCUGUCUAUCCAGUUUUCCUUCUCCCGUUGCGCUAGAUAUUGCACGACAAAAAGUUCGAAAUAAAAUCGAUGGGAAUUUUUUUAAACAAGAUGUGAACUAAAUUAACAUUUUUGUGGAAAAAUGAACCAGCUUUUGUUUGUGUUUUCUUUUUUUUUGAGGUGCGAAUUUUAUGCGCUCUCGCGGCUGAUGCGCCAAACAUCAACGUUGGAGCAUGUGUUUUGCAAGCGGGUAUCACAAUAGCUGGACGAACUUUUUUUGCUUCAAUAAACUGGUCCUAACCAGAGAAACAGGAACAGCCAAAUGACUGCAAGUCGUACCAUGUAGGUUGACAAGUGUGUGAACCUUAAAUGUAGGUUGAAGAGUUGAAAAUCGCACCAAGAUGUGACGCAUAGCAUCUCCAACCACAGCAGCAGGUCGCAUCUGCACGAUGAUAGUGAAGGCUAUGGAGUCAAAUUCGGCCACUCAGACGGCCGCUCCUUCGGUGAUAACCGGCCUAUUUCAAAAUAUUACCAAUCAAAACCAGAGCAAUGUAACGACAUUGGAGAAUCCUCAUCCGCACUGGACCGAUCUCCUACUCCUGAUCGUCAAGGGUUUUAUAUUCUCUUCCAUAAUAGUCGGCGCCGUAUUAGGUAACGCUUUGGUGAUCAUAAGUGUUCAUCGGCAUCGGAAAUUGAGAGUGAUCACGAAUUACUAUGUGGUGAGUUUGGCGAUGGCGGACAUGUUGGUAGCAUUGUGCGCGAUGACGUUCAACGCGAGUGUAGAAUUGACUGGCGGAUGGAAAUUCGGUCCUUUUAUGUGUGACGUGUGGAACAGCCUGGACGUUUAUUUCUCGACCGCUAGUAUCUGGCACUUGUGCUGCAUAAGUGUAGACAGGUAUUACGCUAUAGUCAGACCUCUGGAAUAUCCCAUCACUAUGACUCACAAAACCGUGUCCAUCAUGUUAGCAAACGUUUGGAUAUUACCCGCGCUCAUAAGCUUUAUGCCAAUCUUCCUCGGAUGGUAUACGACCGACGAACAUUUGGACUACGUGGAAACAAACCCGGACGAAUGUAUGUUUGUUGUAAAUAGGUAUUACGCGGUAAUAUCUAGUUCGAUAAGUUUCUGGGUGCCGGGAGUCGUGAUGAUCACCAUGUAUUACCGAAUCUACAAGGAAGCAAUCAGACAACGAAAGGCCUUAUCGCGAACGUCUUCGAAUAUAAUUCUGAAUUCCAUUCAUCAGCACCGUACGUCUUACCGCGAACGUUAUAGCGAUCGUUAUAAUGACAGGUAUAGUGAUCAGUAUUUACAUCCGGACUCGGAACUUACGGUCGCACAGAUAAACGGUGGUAGAAGUGCAAGUUCCGGUUCGGCGGUUUCGUACGGUACCACCAGUACCGAAUUCAAUACAGCGAUGAACGCGAGAGACAACAGCAAAGCUGCGACUGAACUCAACUUAAACGGAACGACAAUCCGACAACAAUCGAAAAGUUGGCGUGCGGAACACAAAGCGGCGAGGACUUUGGGCAUCAUUAUGGGCGUUUUUAUACUAUGUUGGCUUCCGUUUUUUUUGUGGUAUGUUUCAUCCAGCCUCUGCGGUGAGUACUACUGUCCAACACCCGACUGGUUGAUCGGAAUGCUCUUCUGGGUGGGGUACUUCAAUUCCGCCCUGAACCCUCUAAUCUACGCCUAUUUCAAUCGGGACUUCCGGGAAGCCUUUAAGGAUACGUUACUCUGCGCUUUGCCAUGCUGCUUCGGUUGCUGGAAAACUCAAGCCCGAUAUCUCUAGCCACAGGAUUAUUCCCCGGGAUACCGGGACGAACGGCUGUGAUAAUAUUAAUGUCGACGGUGGUAGGAUAAUCAGUCUGGGACCCGGGUGAACGCAACUGGUAAUAAUCGUGCGUUCAUUUUCAACUAUUCAAAAAUUCAUUGUUAAAACGCAUUCAAAUCGAUAUUUUACCCUUUGGCGUUCAUUUCUAAACGGUGUUAUUUUUGUUGUGCUCGCAUGAAAAUCUCUUGAAUAACACUCAUUUAGUUCAAAGCAAACUGAAACUACUUAUUAGCUUAUUAAUGGCCGUCGAGCAAUAUAGAGCCAAUUUUAUUUUUUAAGGUAGCCGUGACCCUAUGCAGGAUUAAUGACACAAAUCAUUCCAAACUUCUGACAAGCACUCGCAAACACAAAUUAGGAUCAAUUUUCAGAAAAGUAACAAAGAUAUUUAUAGAAAGAUUCUUGUAUAUGAAGUCUCAUGCGAUGCGUUCUUGUAAGGGCUUAUUGGAUUGCAUAAUUUUUAACACACAGGACACUUUAUUUUUUCUCACAUUUCAACUAGAUGACAAGCUUUUUUUGUAUUUUAACAAAAUUUCAGAAUAUUGAUACGGUUCGAGUUUGGGUUCUAGGUUCGGACACAAGUGCGGUUCAUGAUUUCUGAAACUGUCAAGUUUACAUAAAGUCUUUGUGAUGAACUUUAAUACUGGGUACCUCACAUUAGCAUCUUCGAUUUGGAAAAAUACCGUUAUUUUAACUAGUUAUUAGAAUAACAUUAGUAUUCCCAUUCCACGUAGUUGACUAUUGUUACAUCAUUUACUAUACCCAAUAAUUCAUAUUUGCUUUAGUUUUAUUUUUAAUUUAAAAAAUAUUUCAUUGGUCAUAAAAUUGCAAUAGCGAAAAGUAAUAUUAUUCGAACCGAUAUUAAAUUCGCUGCUUGAUGCUGCUUAGAUUUUGAUAUAAACGUUUUUUGAGCGCCUUAAUAGCAGUGAGCUUUAACAAUGAUUACCAUCAUUACUAUCAUUACUAACCAAAACUUAUAUCUUGUAUGAAAUCAUCAAAUAUGAAUUUAUUUAGAAAAACUUCAGAUGAAAAUCAGAUUGGUGUUAACUUUCCUAAGAAGUCAGAUUGGUGCAUAAACAAACCACUAGAACAACCACUAAGUUUUGAUUUGCGUGAAUAAGCGUGUACACCAUUAGGAAUAGAGAAAUUGCGGUUGCGGCCAUUUUAUUAUUUCCUUAUUUCAUUUUAAUUUAUUACAAGAAAAUAAGUUCUUUCGUUAAGGAACAAUCUACGUCUAUCUACAAUAUAUUUGGCGAACAUUUUUUCCUAUAAAAACGUAUUUUCGUCACUCAAUAAAAUAUUCCCACCAUAAUGGGACGCCAAAGCUCAAAUUUCGUGAAGUUCUGGUUGCGUGGGCGUUUGGGUUUCGGACUGUUUUGGUAAUAGGUAUAGUUUAAUUGAACAUAACUUCGUCAUUACGCGGAUCUUUGUGCUUAGUUAUUAAAUUAGGGAUAAGGAAGAUAUGUUUUGUACGUAAUUAAUUGUGAUAUUAAGAUAUUUUUUAAAAUUAAUAAUAAUUCCAACAAAUCCUCCAUUGAAUUUAGGAUUGCUGAUCCGCAUAUCUUUCGGUUUUUAUGACGAAUUUGGAAAAUAACUUACCUUGGUAAAUGAGGUGUUUCCAAUGACGAAAAUUAAAAUAAACGGAUUACUUUUGCAACAAUACUUAACGCAUAAAUAUAUACAAAAUAUUUUACUAGUUCGCUCGAUGACAAGAAAUAAUUCAAAACUAUGAUUGAAGAUCAGAUUGAAUCUAGGUUUAAAAUGUAUGCAAAAAGUACGGAAAGACUUGCAAAGACAUCUUUUAAAAAAUUUAUGUAACUAUUUAUUUACAUAAAAUGGAUGAAUUUUAAUCUGUAUAAUUUGCCUUUGUUUCUUUUAGAAAUUUUGUAUGUUCCAGGAUCAAAUUUUUCAAAAUUUGUAAUGGUGUUCUAUAUUAAACAAUUUUUGAAAACUACAUGCAAUGGUACUAAUUGUCUAAUUCAAAUAAUGACUAAAUUGGUUAAGAAUUACAUACGUUAAUGUCAAAAUUGUUUAGGUUUUGUGCAGGUUUGUAAUUGUACAGCUUUUUGUAUUUAUACCUUUUUUUUGUGGGUUGUUCUUCUCUAGGUUUAAUGCUCAAAACCAAGUACGCAAAAAAAUGAUUCGUUAUAAAAAAAAACCUAGCCAGUGUAUGUAGACUUCAGUAACUGAUUAAAUGCAUUCGUUCCAUUUGAUAGAAAUGCUCAAGAGGUACAGCACUAUUGUGAUCUGGAGUCAUAUUCCUAGAGAUUUUUUGAAAUGUCGUAAGUUCUUUCUGGGAUAUUUUACAAUUCAUAUCAGAUUAUUUGAAAUCUCCUUAUAAAACCUACCAAAAAUGACUCUAGGGCGUUUUUUACAAUCAUGUGAGGUUGUUCAGAUUGUUAAAUAAAUAAAUACAAUAGCUCAAACCACUUCCAUACCUUCCACAUAAAAUUCGUUCUACCGCCAAACGAGCAGGAACGGAAAACCGUUUAUAAUAUUUUUCUUUUCUCUUGUUCAGUCAGUCGAGUCAAUAUGAUCAUUAGGACUUUUCAUGGAAUACUUAAUCGUAUGCCAUUUGAGUGUCACAUCCCGAAAAUUGGUUCAACGAAGUAACAUUGUUAAAGUUAAAUUAAUCUGUUGUUUCAUUUCGUGUGAUCAGUAAAGGAAACUUAAGAUUGGCAAUUCGCUUUAGCUCAAUAUACCAAAACCAACAAAUUUUUUACGCUAUUCCAGUUCCAGUUCCAAUUGUAAUUGUUCUAGCAUUUACGAACGGACAAAUCUAAAUCCACGUGAUAACUACUGACUUAUCAGAUUGCGAUUUUAUACACAUGUUCUGUAGCGCAUCUCUCUUUUGUGUUCUGCCUCCAUCAUGCCAAUAUCAUUUGUUGAAACCACUUUCCCACAUAGUAUUGCCAAAUGACGCGUCUAGUAUGUUUAUACAAGUCGCAAGCAUAAAGCAUUCACUUUAGCUGUGUGUCGAACUGCCUGUGCAACUGAUUAUAAGCCUAAAAUUGCUUUACUACGACAAAUACGUUGCCGAAAUAUCCCUGAUAAAUAAAAGAUGUGAGAUGGCAAGUAUUACGUCCAAUAUUACAUCCAAAACUAUUUGAGGAAUUUUGCAAUUCGGUUCGAACGGCACCGUUCGGAUGAUUGAAAUGCCAAUAGGCGUCAUAUUUCAAACUUUAUUCAACUAACAAAAGUUGCGCUCUGGCUUUUCAUUUUCAAAAAUGCGGAUAACUAACUGCAUUUGUUUCGUUCGGAACGCGAGUCCGCUGGUCGCUUAAAAACUGAAAUUGCACCUGUCGGGAAAAAUGUACGCCAUAAAUUUAUCUUCGCGAACGUUAUUUCCCAGUAUCCCUUUGUGUAUUCCUCCAUGUUGACAUUUAUUCUUCGCAACACAAUAAAUUAUGCGAAUUUAUAGCAGCGAAACGGAUGUUAUUCGUUUCUCGCGGUGCAAACUGUCAUUGUACUGUCGUUAAUGUGAAAAUGCGGCAAAUCUCCUCACCCGACCGUGCUGAUUAAAUAUUAGUAUAUAAUCCUGGUAGUCACAUUUGAAAUAGGAUUGUUUGGGUAACCACCAAAGAUACGUAUUCAGUUCCAGUGGUUUAGAUGAAUGUUGCCCUGAAGCUACCAAAAUUAUUGGGCCAGAGAUGGAAAUAUUUUUGAAAAAUCAAAUAAUUGUUAUAAAAAAACGUUAUACAAAAGUUUAAAAUGAGUUUCUUUAAAGUUCACUUAUUUUGCCCAUAGGGUGUAGACAAUUUUCCUGAAGUUGCUUGGAAGGAAAUAAUAAAAUUAAAAAAAUUGUUUUCAUACAAUAUUUUUUAGCUUACCUUUGCAUCUAAAUAAAAAGUGACCUAAGAACACAAUAUUCUUUGAAACAAACUUUCUUUAGCAAAAAUAUAUAAAGUACAACUAUGAGCUAUUAUAGGCAACUAAGACCAAAUAUCUAGUUAAUAUAAAAGCAUUAAUGAAAAAUCUUUGUAUUAAAUUGAUAGGUUGCAUACAUACUAUCUAGAUUCUAAACCAUUUGAUUUAAAAACAACUCAAGUAACCAAAUCAGUAGUAUCAUACACAAAUUUUACAACCACCGCCUGACAAGAAAAAAAAUUCUUGUCAUUGUAUUUCAAAACCCCAACGACUCAUUAUUAGGUAAAAUAAAAUUGGUGGUUUUAAAGAUCAGUGAAAUAUAGUAUUUGGUUAAAAAUGCUUUCGAAUCACAUGCUGGUGGCCUGGUGUCUUGGAACUUAACAUUAUUGCUUGGGCCUCUUUCUUGCAUUUGAAAAAAGCAGAUCUAAUAAAAAAUGUCAAUAAUCACAAUCUAUCUACAUUAAAAGAUCCGGUCACUUAAAAUGAAAAUUACUUAGCGUUUUCAAAAACACAAAGUAAAUGUUACAAUAUUUUAUUUUUCUAGUUAAGAGUUCUUAUCUGAAUAAAAAUACAAAAAAUAUAGUUACGCGCUCUUCUCACUAAGACGACGAUAUGCAAUUUUAGCAAUGUUUAUCAAAUAGCUAUUCCAAAAGAAUAACAAAACACCACUACUCUUAUUUCUACGAUAGUAAAUAAUAUCCUUUACCCAAAAUACCAUUUGGAUUUGAAUUUUGAGUCAAGUUUGGUCUGAGUUUGUUCAGUAAUAACACAAUUCAAAGCCAGAAACUAGAGGUGAACACUGCAAGCGAAUAAGCUAAAGUAUAAUAUAGCUAUAUAUUUUGCUCAAUGCCAUCAAUUUGCAUCCCAAAUGUUUCAUUGCUCUGCGUCCGUACGUAGGUACAUAGGCACAACACCACAGCCACCACUGCAAACCGCUAACCGUUAUUUGCCAAAUUCUGUCAUCAUUGGUCACGAUUUGCGUGGUCUUCCCCAAAAUUUCGUGUUUUAAGUGUCGCCAUAAUUUAUACGUUUUAUGGAUAAAUUAUGAUCUCAUUUAGAAUAUAUAUAUACGGACGCUAUGUAUAUAGUUAUUUACGCUCAUUCACUAGCAAAUCGAAUGCGCAUUUUCGUAUAGAUUUUUUAACGAAAAAUUUUUCUGCCCGUACGUGUAUUUAAGAAAUGCCCUUUUCAUAAAUUAUUUUGUAAAACUAUUUAACGUUACCCAAAGCAAUAAGGAAAGACUUGUUUUGUAUUUCCGUAAACCGAAACAUCGCGUUUCAAAAACAGAAAACUAUUGUUGAGUUUUGUUUAGACUAAAAUGUUCCAGUACGUUCUUUUAUAAUGAGUAUUAAAUGCAAUUCGACUGAUUAGGAGGUCGAUAUUCAAUCUAAUGAUACAAAACUGAAGGUCCAUGUAUAAGUUCAUCAAAAUAGGAACUCUACAUGUUGAAUACUGCAGUAGUGUAAAGGGGUAAAAGAUCAAAUAGUGAGUUUAAAAUUUAAAAAAAAAUAGCAACACUACAGCAAAACUAUAGACGUCUCGCCACUUAACAGUCUUAAUUCUUUUUUCGAAUGUAUGCUCUAUGCUUACCUAUCCUAUAUACUGGAGCGGUCGUUUUUAGAUAACCACCACAAGGUGUUUAUUACUACCCUUGCGUACGAGUAUUCCAUCAGUGUUGCGCUGAUCCAAGUAUAUCUCGAAUGGUUUGGUGAAAGUACAGUUAUAGUAGGUUUUUCUUUCUCAUUUUAAGCAGAUUCCAGUCAAAAUCGGCUUCUCCGACUCAUAUCGUACCUAAAACUGCAUCAAAACUGCAAAUAUCAGCUAUCAUUUUUUGAUCCAAUUCAUGUCAAUAUCUUCCAAAUACUAGCCAAAAUCGGCGUCUUCGUUCAUUAGAGUAACGCAAACCUUUAUAAACUAUUAGAUAUCGAUGAAAAACUCUCAUUCUGAGUCGAAUUGUACCGAAAUCUACAUCUUUGUGCGUGUGUCGAGUACUUGUGUGCAUGUUGUAGGUCUGUGUCUGUGUGUGCGAGUGUCUCGCAUAUUUGUUGUUCAAAUGUCAGCUUUCGCAGUUUGUAUAUAUUCGUCAUAGAAGCAAAUACUCGAUUGGCCUCUUCGAUCCUUCCCUUCUUCGCAUCUUCUUUACUUUCGGAACUCUGUUUCCGAAUAGAUGCUAAAGAUGAUACGAUAGGAACUGUCUGACGCUUUUUCGAAUUUCUAUUACGUCUCCCAUUUUGUUCCAGUGUAGCCUACUAGUGAUAAUGCGUAGAUGUCUCGGAUCUAGACCAGCGGAGCUGCCUCUCACACAUGGGAAACAUACGAGUAUGGAUAAUGUGGAAAAACAUCUAUCUGAUGCUGUACUAGUAUUCGGAUUUAAAAGUUUUUGAUUUUUUCGGUAAUGUAACAAAAGUCUGGUAGAUUUCCAGCUUUAUAUGCAGAGCUGUAAAAAUCUGUAGAAGGCUCUUUAAACCCUUGACAUCUGCGUUGACGAUCAGUUUAAGUGUUUCCGCAUGUAUGUUAAGGUUUUCUUGCUUUUCUGGGGCUUGAUAGCACGUCUCACUUUUUCUUUUUUUGAAAAGUUUGAAAUUUCCCCUUUUUUAUGCUUCCUUAAAUUACUUCAAUAUCAACAACACAACCUAUGAAAAUAUAAAUUUUCAGGUUAUUCGAAAGUACGCAAGCAUUUGUUAGCUUGUGUACGAUUGCUGCUGCUCUUUCUUUCUUACAAUGUCGUUAGUCGUAUGUAUGACCUGAUAAUUUUCUUAAAAACUCACUUUGUUUUUUUAUUUUCUAUUUAUAAUUGUUUAUUUUACUUUUUACAAAACUUCUGAAUUCCUCCUGCGUCAGUUUUUGCUUAGUCGAAAUUGCUGACGUUUCGCCAAUCAUCCUGUUGGCUUCUUCAAAGCUUGACUGAAACUGGCUCGUAUUUUACUCUGUACCUGCUUAUAUACUGUUGGAGGGGGGCGCUAAUUAGGGGCAUAAACACUGUCUCGGAUGACUGAUUCUCAAAUUGCUGACAGAUAGACUCUCGGAUUUUUCGUUGGUAGAGGAACUGAUUACUUGCAAGAAUUUUAGUCUUAUCGAAUAACAUUUUAUGAUCGGUUUCAUGAGUGUGUUCGGCAACAGCUGAUGAGUUUAUUUGUCUUAUUCGUAAGGGUCUUUCGUGUUCUUUGAGCCUAGUUGAUAUUUUUCGUCCGGUCUCUCCAAUGUAUUCUUUGCCGCAUAUGGAUGGAAUGCUGUAAACUCCUGGCAUCUCAAAUGGAGUGUUGUCUUUGACGGACCGAAGAUGUUAAGAGAUUUUUGGACAAUUUCGACUCAGCAAAAACCGACGCAGGAGGAAUCCACAAGUUUUGUAAAAAGUAUUACAGUGGAAGUUUCUCUGAAAAGUUAAUUGUUUAUUUUAUUAUUAUUAUUUAUUUUAUUUCGUUUUCUUUUUCUUGGUAACUUUGAUUAGAUGAUUGCUUGUUUUAUUGUAAGCGUAUUAUUUGUUUAAUAUCAUCUGUUGAAUUAAAGUUGUUGUCCCAACUCAGUAUGUGAUCUGUUGACCUUAGGAAACAAUUUUAUCUUUUGCUCACGAACGUUAGGACAAAAUCCAUGGUCCUAUAUAACUUUCGAUUUGUUGUUAGAAAAAUACAAAUUUGUUUUGCGACGUCAGAAUGUUGUUUUCUGUUUUUGAAAGGAACAACAUCGUUCACUUAUUUCUGUGAUAACUUACUUUUGUAUGACGAUUGUAACUCACUGUAUCCAUACUGUAUAUAUACAAUGUUGUUAGAUGUACAACUUAUAUAAUAAAAGGCUGUAAACAUAUAUAUGGAUGCCGGAUCCGUCAUAAUGAACACACCGAUAUACCUAUAUAAGGGACCGAGUUAAUGAUGGAAAUGCUUAGAAAAUGUCCCGAUAAUAUUUAUUCGGCUACAUUUAAACCCUAAAUUGAUUUUUUUUAGUUUACUGAAUAAAGUAUUCUCUAAGGUGUCACUUGUUUACGAAAAGGUUUUAAAGCGAUAUUUGCUGAUGUUCCUAUUGAAAUGAUUUGAACUAUCUACUAUUUAGGUGUAAAAAUCGAUGUAAUUAUGCCUCACAAUGGAGUACGUACUUCGACGCAUGCGCGAGCCAAUAAUGGCAAUAAUAAUAUUGUAAAUUUGACGUAAGUAUAGGUUGUAAAAUGAACUGGGAAAUAAUUUUGCCGUCGUCGGAAAGAAAAAAACUAAAAUAUAAAAAAUUAUAUGUACCUAUCAAUUUUCAAACAACCAAAUAAAUUAACAUAGUCUAACUAAAAUCAAGUGGUUCAAAUUCACCAAUUCGCAAGGAAAAUUUAAAAAAGCGAACUGUUCGCAUACAGUAAAGUCAAAUUUUGAAUUGCAAAAUUGGAUGAAUUUUCAUGAAACUUUAUUUCGUUUUUUUUUUUCAUAUUUACGAAAGUAAUGAAAUUGAACCACUCUGCAUUUUGUCACUUUGAUUUCGUUCAUAUGUUCAAGUUUAAGACCUUAUCAAAGUCCUUGUACAUUAUAUGACAA